AUGCGCAGGGCGUUUUUUUUUUAUUUUGGCCAACUGGUGGCUAACGUCCUUUGCAGCGUGCCCAGGAGUGCCCAGCACUUCAUCCGAAAUGGGCACCGCGUCUCGGGCGGCCGCGAGGAACGUUUAGCAGGCGCGGUUCCUCAACCUGUCUGUGUCCCUCUCCCACAGUGGUCAGACCAGUCGUGCGCUGCCCAUCUCGUCCACCGGGACCAUCGCCAAGCGUUGACCAACAGGGAGCUGAAGGAGCGGCUCUACCAGGAGAUCAUCCGCUAUUAUGACAAGGGAAAGAUGUGGGAGAAUGCCAUCAAACUCUGUAAAGAGUUGGCCUCCAUGUACGAGAUGGAGGUCUUUGAGUAUGAGGAGCUCAGUCACCUGCUGAAACAGCAGGCCACCUUCUACCAGAACAUCAUGAACGCCAUGAGGCCCCUCCCGGAGUAUUUUGCCGUCGGUUAUUACGGCCAAGGCUUCCCGUCCUUCCUGAGGAAUAAAAUGUUUAUUUACCGUGGGAAGGAGUACGAACGUUACGAGGAUUUUCGAUUGAAGCUGACCACCCAGUUUCCCAACGCCAAGAAGAUGACCAGCACCUCUCCACCCAGCGAUGAGUUGAAGGCCUCCCCAAGGCAGUGUAUCCUUUGCCCAGAGGCUGCUGGGAACUCCUGGUCACCCAGAUACCACAAAGUGUUGCGUGGGGAAGGCCUGAGGCCUAUAAUCUACCUGGUCGAAUCUCUAGCCAUUGGCAGCUGGGACCAUCGCUGCCACCAUAUUACGUUCCUCCCACCCCCAUACCAUCCACGAUGUGGUGAUGGGAGAUGCUUGGGUGGGCACAGGACACCCAACUUGGCAAUGAAUGGCCUCCCUGAUUGA